AUGUGUAUGGAAGGCGACCGCGGAUCCGCGCCGUUCGUCCGCCGCUCCCGCUCCGCGACAGUGGACGCGCUCGACGUACUGGGCCGAACACUGUCCUUCAACGACAGCUCGACGAGCUUGCACAGCCUUGCGGAUGGCACACGCAGCAGCGGCGGGGCAUCACGCUCGCCCAGCCUGCUCAGCUCCAGCAGCUUCGGCGGAGCAUCACCCCUCCCGGCGCUUGUGAGCGCGGGCUCUCGCAACCCUUCCUUCCUGCGCCUGGAGCCAGCGUCGCCGCUGCGGGCGAGCAGCUCACUAUACACGGGCGGCACGGCGGACUCCACCCCCAGCCUGCUCAGCCUCGACAGGCCCGCCGAACGCACUGUACUCGGCGUGAGGCUGUCAGACAGGCCGCUGCUGUCGGACGAGAGCAAGGCGCCCGAGGCGACAGCUCAAUCUGCGUCGGACGCGCAUGGAUCGGACGUGGCCCCGCUGAUGACGCCGGCCGUGGUCGCUGCUCUCUCUCUCGCGCAGAUGGCGCACUUCUACUCGAUGUGCUCCAUCUUUGCGUACGCCGGCUUCCUCGCCGCCGACAGCGGAUGGGUCGACUCGGAGGACAGCGCCGGGUACGUUGCCGGCCUCCUCGCCACGAUGCUUCCGCUCGGCCGGCUCCCCACCUCGGUCCUGUGGGGGCAAUACGCCGACCGCGCUGGACGGAGGCCGGCCCUGAUCGGCUCCAUGCUCGGAAUCGCCUUUGGAAACUUGGUCUUUGGCUUCACUACCUCGCUCUGGGGCGCGCUGGCCGUGCGAUUUGUCCUCCUCGGGGGCUGCAAUGGUUGGAAUAGCGUGCUCGGCCCUCUCUGCGCCGAGGUGGGUGGGCCUCGCUCCUCGCGGCUGCUUGGCUUUGUCUUUGGCGCUGGAGGCGUAAUCAACCUGCUCGGGCCGGCCAUCGGAGGCGCCACCUAUGGGCUGCUAGCAGGCUACCCCGCUCUCCUGCCUUCGCUCAUCGGCGCCGCGCUUGGCGCCGCCGCGGCCCUCGCGGCGUGGGCGCUCGUGCCGGAGACACUGCCGCCGCUGCCGCCCAAGGCCGACGGUGGGAUCGGCGCCGGCGAGCGGUGGCAGCGGUUCGACUCCAGCGAUGAAAGCGCGGGUGAUGGCGGCGACAGAAGCGAGGGUGCGCUGCUGCGGGCCGCGCUGCGGUCGCCGCCGCUGCCUGCCAUCGUGUGGCUGCGCACGGGGAUCGGACUCGCGGCCUUUGCCUCGUACGACGUGGUGCCGCUCUGGGCCAUCGCAUCGGCGCGGGCGGGCGGGCUGGCGCUGGAGGGAGGGCAGCUGGGGGCCCUGCUCUCCUGCGCAGCUGGUGUGCAGCUGCUGUGGACCACGCUGCUGAUGGGCAGAGUCUUCGAGCGGGUGGGCGUCUGGGGCUCCUUCAUCGGCGCGUGCACCGUCGGCGCCGCCGCGAUAGUCAGCCUACCGAUCGCGCACGCAGCGGGAGCUCCGCUCGCCGCCAUCUCCGUCCUGAUCGCCGCCCAAUCCGCCGCCCUCAACACGGGCUGCACCGCCUCCGUCGCGCACACCAACAACGCCUGCUGCGCCUAUCCCGCACUCUCGGGCGCAAUCAACGGCGUCGUGGUGACUGUCGAGUCUGUCGCCAAGGCGGCCGGCCCCUCGAUUGGAGCGCCCCUGUUUGCGUUUGCCAUCAACGCGCGCCCCGCCGCGGCGGAGCCCCCGAGCGGCGCGCUCCUCGCCUUUGGCGGCCUCGCGGCGUUCGUGCUGCUGCACGCGGCAGGCGCCGCGCUCGCGUUGCCGCGUGGGAUCGACGAGCCGCUGGCGCCCGCCUUCAGUCGGUUGAGCUGA